UGGCAGCGAUUUUGUUUUGAAGGCCGUCUCAUGCUACUUCCGGCGGUCCUCCUGCCAGAGCUGCCCCCUCUCCCUCAGCAUCACCUAAACAUUAGCCUGCUGACUAGCACCUAGCAUUAGCCGAAGUCUCCGCACACCAAUCGAAACUAUCUAUGAGUCGCAAAAGAAACUACAGUUUCUCUGAGACGAGCCUGUCUCCCGAGCUGCACGGCGCCUUCAUGGAGCCGCCCGGUUCAGCGAGCCGAGCCGACGGCGACUUCCUGGAGCUGGAGCCCGACGAGGAGCUGCUGUGCACGGUCAGCGACAUCACCGAGCACCUCGGCAGGAACAUAACCGUGGUCCUGGAAACGGCGCUGUCGGAGAUCCGCAAAAUGGUCAGCAUCCGAAUCCGAGUGCUGAAGAUGGAGCUGCGCGAGAAGGCGGAGGAAAUCGAAGCGCUCAAGGGGAGACUGGACGCUGCCCAGCGAGACGGCAAGGAGCCGUACCCCGGCGGCGCGGCCACGGAGGCGUCCGCGGAGGCUGCCUACAAGAAGCCCGACCUGGGCUCCGGAGGCAAGCACAACAACGCAGACCCGCGGAGAGCGAAGGCGCUGCUGCCCGGCGUGAAGAAGGAGAACAUAGACGCGAUAUGUGACUAUCUGAUGAAAGACAAGAACUCCAGAGGCUGCGCCGAUCUGGACGGAACCCCGAGCGGCGACAGGGACGCUCGCCCAGAGCAGGACCCGCACUCCAUGACCCUGUGGCCGGAUAGCGGGAUGGCUGGCCCCGGUCCGGGGCACGGAGAGUCCGAGUCCGCCACGGAUGACAUAUUUAGUAUCCUCCCGUCUGGCAGCAAACGGAUGUACGACUACGAAUGGAUAACGCCGAUGGAGUACUCCUCCGAGCUGAAGGUCAUGAAGGAGCCCGAGGGCGAGAACUCGUCAACCGGCGAGGUCGACGACGCCAACGAACGCGAGUCGUCGAGGAGGGACGAGGACGUGCUGGACCACAACGAGGUUCAACUCUCGCACGUCCAGCCGGAUUUCUCCAUGGACGCCCAGAGCUCCCCAGGGGAAGGAGGGAGCCCGUUUGAGGGCAGCACAGACAGGCCUGAGGCAGGCCAGCAGUUCUCCAGUCACCCCUACAUCUGCUCACUGUGUGGGACUUUCUGCCCGGACUCUUUGUUCCUGGAGGAACACAUCAAAGUGAUCCACUCAGAUUCCGCCGGUGCCCAGGCUCUCCAGGCCCUGCAGUCCACCUCCUCGGCGGCAGCCUCGGCGGGGGACAGCAGCAGCGACUCCAGGAGGGGUGUAGACGGGCAGGGCGACGACAGCACGGGACCAGGAGGGCGGCCUCUGAAAAAGGAGAUUAAGAUCGAGGGGGGGUAUGAGUGUGGGGAGUGCGGCCGCCAUUUUAACUACCUGGGCAACCUGCGGCAGCACCAGCGCAUCCACACUGGAGAGAAGCCCUUCAUGUGUCCGGAGUGCGGCGAGAGGUUCCGCCACGCAGCCCGGCUAAAGAGCCACAGACUGGUGCACAGCGGCGCCCAGAGCCCCUUUCCCUGUCCCCAGUGUGGCAAGGGCUUCUCGGUGCUGUCUGGACUCAAGAGACACCAGCGGGUGCACACCGGCGAGAGCCCGUACGCCUGUCCGCAGUGCGGCCGGCGCUUCAAGGAGCUGGGGAACCUGUACACCCACCAGAGGAUCCACAGCGGGGCCACGCCCUACUGCUGCCAGCAGUGUGGACGCAGCUUCCGCCAUCUGGGCACCUACAAGAGCCACCGCUGCACCCCGGCCCAGUAACCGGCCCGGCGCCGCCUGCACGCGGGAGGGGGGCGAGACACGGUGUUGACUGUGAGAUGCGCGUCUUCAUUCUGUGCAAUGGAUGUCACUUUUGGAAGUGCUGUUCUUUCCGAGAUGUUGUCCAAGCGUUGCUGUUCUUUCACGUUUCUCCUCAGGCGUCGUUAGUCCUUAUGUUUUUAUUCCAGGUCAGGCAACAACAGUGCGACGAGCCAAUUACCAGUUUGUUACAGUGGUCACAUUGGCUAAUACUCAUCGUGUGACUGGAAAAGGUGCAGUGUAGUGAUUUAAGCUAUCCAACUACAUGAAGGGAGCUGGAAUUGCUUGAUUUUUUUGUAUGAAAGGCUCGUUUGUACGUGGCUGGCAGUCAAGGACCUCAGCCCUGCGCUCACACCUCAGAGAUAACCAGGGACUAGAUGAGUGAUUCCCCAGAUAUUUGUCUGGGUCUGUUAAACAACAAAAAGAAACACAGCCAACAAAAUGCAGCAGUGCUGCCUUUGACUUUGUUGCCUUUGUAGUCUGAUUUCCACUUUGAUCUGCAGUCUCUGAUUCAACCUGCUUCCACUGGAUCUGGUAACCGUGCACCAGCACUCCCAUGUGGGCGGCUUGUGUAACUGCAGCGUGACUAUCUUCCAGCCUGGCUGAGUAUCUUACAUCACGGUAGUGUUGGCUGUAUGUGUAGAGAAUAAAGCUGAACUCAGCCGGUGUUAUCUAAUGUUGCAGAAAAUAUAUUGUUUAUUUUAUAUGUUUGCCUGUAUGAUGACAAUAAAUUAUACGACGAUUGAAGAAACAUCCUUGAAAGAAAAUAACAUCCCUUUUAUCUUAUGGGUUUAUUCAUUUGACUAAAAUUACCCAGUUUACUCAAGCGUGUCUUUAAAAUGAGUGUCUACGUUUGUCCCUUUGUGGACGGCUACAAACAAGAAAAUAACGUCUCCAAACCUGUGGUAGUGAAAUGCUAACCAUUGACAAUCUGCUUUUUAAAUAAACAGUUGUCUUAAAA